AACCUCUGUAGUAUGAAAUAGUACUUGAGAUAUGUACCCAUGUCUCUAAACAAUUUCAAGAUCCAUUAUACAAAGCAAGUGCAAGUGAAAUGUGAAGAAAGUGAUUGUUUGUCCAAUCCGAACAACUGUUUGUGUAUUUGUGUUUAUUGUGUGUGACGUCUGGCUGCACUUGUUAUACACUAAUACCAAUUAAAAUAUGUAAAAGAAAGGAAAAACAACUGCAAUAUUGCAACGCAAAAAGUCAACAGAUUUUUCAGCAAGUUAUCCCACAUUAAUCUACUGCGCGAGUCUUUAAAACACGCAUUUAAUAAGUACCUACGUAUUAAUAAAAAUGGACACACUCCCAUUAAAAGGUAGCAGAGAGGCUGCAGCGGAAGGCAACAACUACAUAACCGCAUAUCAAACAGUCAUGAAAAAGUCAAAUGGCCAUAGCACAGGAAGCGGAGAGGGUGAUCAUCCGCUGGCGCCACAUUCCAAACUAUCCUAUGCGGCAGCAACCACAUCACUGACUGCAGCCACAGACGAUGAGGAUAUGAUAGACAUCACGCCACGCUCCAGUCCAGGCGAACUGAUCGUUGGGGCUGGCGGCUAUCGUCGCGAGACUGCCACCGAAUCGGAUACGGAACGCGACUUUGCGCCAAGUCAGCGAACAAUACACCAUCAUCAGCAUCAACAUGUGCCAACUCACAGCGCCUUCGGAGAUCCCAUGGACGGAGCACUUUCGUUCUAUGGCUCCUCGGACGUACAGGAUGACAUACCUGGAAUUGGGCAGUACGAAGAUUUCCACACCAUCGACUGGCAACGUGAUAUCGCUCGCGAUCGUAUGCGGCAUCGUUAUAUAGUCAAAAAGCGGCAGGAUUCGUUUUGGGAUUUGAUCAAGGGAGCCAUUGAUGCUGGCUCCGGUUGGCUAUGCGUUCUACUUGUGGGCAUAGCAGCGGGUUGUGUGGCGGGCAUGGUUGAUAUAGGUGCCAGCUGGAUGUCGGAUCUGAAGCACGGCAUAUGCCCGACCGCGUUUUGGUUUAAUCGCGAGCAAUGCUGCUAUCCAGCUAAGCAAUCUGUCUUUGAGGAGGGUAACUGCUCCACGUGGAAAACAUGGCCCGAGAUCCUUGGGCUCAGUCGCACUGGCACGGGACCGUACAUCAUCUCAUAUAUUUGGUACAUUUUAUGGGCAUUGCUGUUUGCUUCACUGAGCGCGUCGCUGGUGCGCAUGUUUGCCCCGUACGCCUGCGGAUCUGGCAUACCGGAGAUUAAGACUAUAUUGUCAGGCUUUAUUAUACGCGGCUAUUUGGGAAAAUGGACACUGCUGAUUAAAUCGGUGGGCUUGAUGCUCUCUGUGUCGGCAGGUUUGACGCUAGGCAAGGAGGGACCCAUGGUGCAUAUUGCCAGCUGUAUUGGCAAUAUAUUUUCGCAUCUGUUUCCCAAAUAUGGACGAAACGAGGCCAAAAAGCGUGAAAUUCUAUCUGCAGCAUCUGCCGCUGGCGUCUCGGUGGCUUUUGGCGCGCCCAUUGGCGGAGUGCUCUUCUCUUUGGAGGAGGUGUCCUAUUAUUUCCCACUGAAGACACUGUGGCGUUCGUUCUUCUGUGCGCUCAUUGCAGCUUUUGUUCUACGCUCACUGACACCAUUUGGCAAUGAGCAUUCCGUGCUAUUCUUUGUAGAAUACAACAAGCCUUGGAUAUUCUUUGAGCUGAUUCCGUUCGUCUUUCUGGGAAUCAUGGGAGGUGUCAUUGGAACAUUCUUUAUUAAGGCAAAUUUGUGGUGGUGCCGCUACAGAAAGUUUAGCAAGUUGGGUCAAUAUCCUGUUAGUGAAGUUCUGUUUGUCACACUGGUCACUGGUGUAAUCUGUUAUCCGAAUCCCUUCACGCGCAUGAACAUGAACGAACUGAUCUUUCUAUUGGUUAGCAAGUGCUCGUCUGGGGAUCUCACCAAUCCCUUGUGUGACUACAAGCGAAUGAACAUCAGCACAGGCACCAGCUUUAUCGAGGUGACUGAACCAGGUCCCGGCGUCUAUCGUUCCAUUUGGCUGCUCGUUUUGACAUUUAUACUUAAACUGGCCCUGACAAUUUUUACAUUUGGCAUUAAGGUGCCUUCGGGUCUGUUUAUACCAUCCCUUUUGUUGGGCGCAAUUAUGGGACGCAUUGUUGGUAUCGGCGUGGAGCAGUUUGCGUAUAGUUAUCCCAACAUUUGGUUCUUUACCGGAGAGUGUGCCGACAGCAAUCUGAUUACACCCGGUUUGUAUGCAGUUGUUGGCGCUGCUGCUGUUCUCGGGGGCGUAACGCGCAUGACUGUCUCCCUGGUUGUCAUCAUGUUCGAGCUGACUGGUGGCGUGCGCUAUAUUGUACCACUGAUGGCGGCUGCCAUGGCCUCCAAGUGGGUGGGCGAUGCUCUGGGCCGACAGGGAAUAUAUGAUGCGCAUAUUGCGUUAAAUGGCUACCCAUUUCUCGACAGCAAAGAGGAAUUUGCACAUACAACGCUUGCGGCAGAUGUCAUGCAACCCAAACGAAAUGAAACAUUAAAUGUCAUCACACAGGAUUCCAUGACGGUGGACGAUGUUGAAAAUCUACUUAAGGAGACCGAGCACAACGGCUAUCCUGUUGUGGUGUCUAGAGAAAAUCAAUAUCUAGUUGGCUUUGUGCUGCGCAGGGAUCUUAAUUUGGCUAUUGGUAACGCAAAGCGUCUAAUCGAGGGCAUUAACAGUAAUUCAAUAGUAUUAUUUACGUCCACGACACCCACACAAAAUCUGGGCCCAUCACCACUUAAACUAAAGAAGAUACUCGACAUGGCGCCUAUCACAGUGACAGAUCAAACGCCCAUGGAAACUGUCGUCGACAUGUUCCGCAAAUUGGGUCUGCGUCAAACGCUUGUCACACAUAAUGGUCGCUUGUUGGGCGUUAUAACGAAAAAGGAUGUUCUCCGCCAUGUUAAACAAAUGGAUAAUGAAGAUCCCAAUACUGUGCUCUUCAAUUAAGUUGAAUUUAUUAGCCAAUCAGCAGCUAGGCAGAUGCUUAGUUAUUAUUAUUAUUAUUAUUAUUACCUGUACUAUCGCAAAACCAACAAAAUUGUAUAUGAUUAAGCCGAAAGUUGAGCACGAGAAUAGUGAUUAGUAAAUUUACGAUCUGAGCGUCGAGCGUGAGAGAUUUAGCAGAAUUGUGUGCAGUACUACUACAUAUACAUAUAUAUGUAUAGUAUAUAUUAAUAGGGAUAUAAUAAUACACAUACAUGUUUGUCUCGUUAAUGUUAAUUGUAUAAUUUAUUGAAAACAAGUGCAAAUGAUUGCAACAUAUUCAUUAAUUUCUGCUUUGUAAUUAUGUCAUUGUAAACGUAUUCAAAAUAAUAUUUUCUAUUUUCUACAUAUAUUUUAAUUAUAAAUGCCCAUGUUAUUUUUAUAUACCUAUGUACAUCACGCGCGUAUUGAAUGAGUGUUUGGACUAAGAAAAGUUUUUUUAUGUAAAAGUAUGUACGGAAAUCGAGCAAUUUUUAAGCUGGCGGCACAGGCAAUGGAGUGAGUGGAAUGUUUUUAACUGAAAGAAAAUUAAGAUGAAAGUUCUUUGUUUUGCAUUUUAUUUAAAAUUCAUAUUUACAUAUAUAUUAUAUAAAUACAUAUAUCAAAAUAUUGUGUUUUGUUAGAGAUCUGUGAAAUUUUAAUCUAAACUCGUGUAAAUAGCAGCAUUAAAAGAUGAUGAAACCAUGAAUAAACGUAAGCGCAGCUAUGUAUAAAAUCAAAAAAA